AUGGAAGUUUGGACAAACGUAUACGGGUCGAACGUUGUAUUAACAUUCCGCUGGUCGAUGGUCGAUUGCGUGGAAGAGAGCGAGGGGUUACCGGCAUACGUGACACCACAGGCGCGAGCAUACGCGGCGGGCAGCAUGCGCAACGGCUUAUUAGCGGAGCGUUCCUUUCGCAAUCGGGGUAUUUGGAACGCCGGCCGCGUGUGCCAAUCGAUCUCCGAC